AUGCAGAGAAGGUAUCCUUUUUUGGCCUUGCCAAUGCACAGUUUGUACGGCAUUGUGAAGGACUGUGAAGACGCCAUUUGUGAUGGUGAAGAAGAAAGAGCUAACGAUAUCUUGGUGCGACUUGAACAGGAGGUUGAGUUGGAGAUCACGACUCUGACAGCGGCUUUCAACCUCUUCAAGAAGCCCAAAGCGGAUAGCUUGUCAGAAGCAGAGGUCAGAACGAUGCUGGAUUACCUUGGCUUCCCUAAGGAAAAUGAGGAUGUCGAAAAGAUCCUAAAGGCAGUUGACACUGACGGCGAUCGCCGCAUGAGUUUGAACGAGUUUCAGCUCUAUGUGGGUCGAAUGGGAGGCAGCCUCAGGCUAUUUGAGGUACGCAGACAGCAGAUGGAAGCCAAACACGGGCAUGGGCAUGGCGGUGAAGCAGUAGAUCCAGCAGCCCUGAGGAUGAGCCUGCUAGAGGCUGGCAUCAGGGAUGAUGCGCAGGCUUACUGGCGCUUGGUGGUGCCUCCCAGCGAGUUCACAGAGGCAGCUCGCUUGGCGAAUUGUCAGAAGCGGGCCGUCUCACACAUCCGCACGUUGGCGAAGCAGAAUCACGACAAAGCCUUGCCAGAGCUGCAGCAGCGGAUCGUCAGGAAGUUGGGCUUCCAGGACAAAGAUCUUUGGAUGACGCUGGCCUGGAUACGUGAGAUGGCGCCCAUCAUCGUGCACGUGGACUUGUCCAAGAUGUUGAAGUUCAUGGAGGAAGAUACUCACUACCGCAAUCAGUUCGAAACUGCGACUUCAGGAGGCCUGCUGAAACCCGCGACGCGGGAGAAAUGGGAACGAGAUCUCUUCGGUGGCUGCUACGAUGGAGCCAAGGGCCACGAUCGCUGCAAGUAUGGAGUGCUGAAUGCCAUGAAUGACCACCGUGGAGUGGUGAAAUGCGCCCAGUAUGGGGACAGUUACCUCGUGCUGAAAGACGUGCGUUUGAGGUGCACCUUUUCGCCCGAAGACUCUGCCAACCUCAAAGCAGAACGACUGGCUGUCUUGGACUUCUAUGGCCACGUGCUUGCGGAAUACAGCGAUGCAGAACUCAAAGAGACGAUUCAGGUUGCAAAAUCCUCCGAUGCAGCCCUGCUGGGCAAUUCAGAAAGUGUUGGAAAGAUGAAGUACAAGGAGACCCAAAUCCAUGGGGAGAUCUGCUUCGCCAAACACGUGGAACGCCUCGUGGCGCACCAGCGCCACCGCGAAUCCAAAGCGGAUCAAAGUCGCCUCGAAGCCGUGGCGAAGAAGUUCAACUGGAAGCUGUCCUGGGUGGACAAGGAACGGGAACGGAUGCAGAAAGAAGAGCGAGCCAAGCUUGGUGCGGGCGCAUGGGAGGAGCGGCUUGCAGCGCUGAUGGAGAAGGGGAUUCCAGACGCACCGGGUGUUCAGCCUGGAUAUUGCAAGAAGGGCUGCGGCCGCCAAGUGGCUCCGGGAACCACCAAGAGGGGCAAGCCUUUUGACACCUGCUGCCGUGGCUGUGUCAUGGGCUUUGGCCACGACAUGACAUGUGGCAACAUCGAUCCAGCGCUCUUGGGGCCUGGCAAGUGCAAGCACGGUUGCGGCCGUCCCGUGAACCCGGGACGACACCCUUCGGGCCGCAGCUACGACACCUGCUGCCGCGGCUGCAGUUCCGGACACCAUGACGCCACCUGUGGGGAGGCCGAGGAUCUCAGCGAAGAACCCGUGAAGCCUGGCUUGUGCAAGAUGAGGUGUGGCCGAGCGGUGGCGAAAGCAAAAGAUGGGAGGCGCUUCGAUACUUGUUGUCGCGGUUGUGCCACUGGAACUGGCCAUAGCAGGACCUGCGUGGCAUAG